GCGGUGUAUCAAUAUAGUUGAAAAGGAGAAGAGGGUCUUGUAGAAGAUUUCAGGAAGUUUCUUUGGUGAUUUCAUUCCUUAAUUGUGAUUCUCAGAUUGCUUCUUGUUUGUGCAUUUAUAUCAGGCUUUCAAGUUACCCGGUAUUCUGGUAUUUGUGGACAAAGGAAUCUGUUUUUGUAACAAAUUGAGGAUUUCUAUAAAUAUUUGAGUUGAUGGGAGGUAGUAGUUCAAAGGAAGGGAAUCAGAGGCAGAAUUCAACAUAUCGUUCGAAUUCAUCAUCAUGGGAUUCUCGUAACAGCAAUCCUCAGUUGUCGUAUGAUCAAGAAAGCCCUCAUUAUGUGCCACAGUAUAGCUAUGCGUCCCCACAGUAUUAUCCGCCUUCACAACCAGAGCUGCAGUAUUAUCCACCUUCGCAAAACCGUGGCAGUGAUAAAAGGACUCUAGACCGAAGAUUUUCAAGAAUUGCAGACAAUUACAACUCCUUAGAUCAGGUGACAGAGGCUCUUGCUAAAGCUGGUCUGGAAUCUUCCAAUCUCAUUGUCGGUAUUGAUUUCACAAAGAGCAACGAGUGGACAGGGAAAAGAUCAUUCAAUAGAAAAAGCUUGCACCACAUUGGAGAUGGUUCAAAUCCUUACGAACAAGCAAUAUCAAUUAUUGGAAAAACAUUAGCUGCCUUUGAUGAGGAUAAUUUAAUUCCUUGUUUUGGAUUUGGUGAUGCAUCAACACAUGAUCAAAAUGUUUUUAGUUUCUACCCGGAUGACCGAUUUUGUAAUGGAUUCGAGGAAGUCUUAAGCCUCUAUAGAGAAAUUGUGCCACAUCUACGACUUGCAGGACCUACAUCAUUUGCUCCUAUCAUUGAAAUGGCAAUGACCAUUGUUGAGCAGAGCGGUGGCCAGUACCACGUGCUAGUGAUAAUCGCUGAUGGUCAGGUAACUAGAAGCGUUGAUACUCAGCAUGGCCAGCUAAGUCCACAAGAGCAGAAAACUGUCGAUGCCAUAGUGCAAGCAAGCAAGUUUCCUCUGUCAAUUAUAUUGGUGGGUGUUGGAGAUGGACCUUGGGAUACGAUGGAGGAGUUUGACGACAACAUUCCUGCUCGAGCAUUUGAUAAUUUUCAGUUUGUGAAUUUCACGGAGAUUAUGUCGAAGAAUACAUCCCCAUCCCGGAAGGAAACAGAAUUUUCUCUAGCCGCUCUAAUGGAGAUUCCUUCACAGUACAAAGCAACCAUUGAGCUUAAUAUUUUGGGUAGUCGAAAGGGAAAUGUUCCCGAGAGAUUUCCCUUACCUCCUCCUACAUAUGGUGCAGCUUCUUUCAACAGCUCAAAACCCUCCCGUUCUACCAGUCUCCAAUAUGGUUCAGCAUCUUUCAACAGCUCAAAACCGUCCCAUUCUACCAGUUUCCCACCAAGCGUCCCUCCUUAUCCGGAAGAUGGUAAAUCCCAGAGCCCAACUCCUCCAGCCCCGAGUUCUACCUAUGAUAGCCAGCUUUGUGCCAUUUGCCUUAGUAACUCGAAAGACAUGGCAUUCGGUUGCGGACAUCAGACCUGUGAAGAAUGCGCGAAGGACCUCCAAACGUGUCCGAUAUGCCGAAGUCCAAUCCAAACCAGAAUAAAGCUCUACUUUUGAACUAAAACAGUGUUUACCCCCAUCAUUCAUGGUUUGGUGGUUUGUCAUUGAGAAAAUGCAAAUAGUGAUAGGUUAGGGGAGUCAAAGAGGGCUCCCAAUCAUCCUUUCUGUCCAUUCUCUUUUGAUUUGAAUUCUUUGUACAUUUUGUAAUAUUUGAUUAUUUUAAU